ACAGAAUUUAUCACUUUGUAGAACUGAUGAGUCUCUUGAUUUUAACCAUAGGUUCCUUGCAAACAUUUGGAAGUGCUGGGUGUUCUUCCUGAAAUGAGUUUGGUGAUUAGAAACCUACAGCGAGUGAUCCCCAUUCGGAGAACGCCACUUCGAAGGAAGAUGGAGAUUGUAAGGAGUAUUUUAGGAGUGCGGAAGUUUGACCUGGGGCUCAUCUGUGUUGACAACAAGAAUAUUCAGCAUAUUAAUAGGAUCUACAGAAAGAAAGAUAUCCCAACUGAUGUGCUUUCUUUUCCAUUUCAUGAGAAUCUGAAAGCAGGUGAAUUUCCCCAGCCAGAUUUUCGAGAUGAUUAUAAUUUGGGAGACAUUUUCCUAGGAGUGGAAUAUAUCUUCCAGCAGUGCAAAGAAAAUGAAGACUACUAUGACAUCCUGACUGUGACGGCUACCCAUGGACUUUGUCAUCUGCUGGGCUUCACACAUCAUUCAAAGGCAGAGUGGCAGAAGAUGUACCUCCAAGAAAAACAGGUGCUGGAGGAGCUAAGCCGACACACGGGGGCCAGGCUCCAGCCCCUGAGCAGGUGCCUCUACUGAUGCCAUGGAACUCCAGGACAGACAAGGGCCAAUGGGGCCAGGAUCGGGCCCUGACUAGCCCUCCACAAGGGAAGCUCUGCUAGUGGUGGUAGUGUCCACAGGACUACAGAGGCGCCAGCCAGCCCACGCUGCAUUCAGAAAACUGCCAUCAUGCUUGUAAACAAAAGCACUCUAAGCCCUUAGAAGUGAGAGGGCUCACAAAAACCGCUGUGCUGCUUGAAUGCCUAGCCACCUAACCCCCAGGAGCUCUGUGACUUGAACCCUACGAGAGGAGUGUCCAGGCUAGCAGCACUCCUGCUUGAACUGUGUGGUCAUUAUGGAAGUUGCAGAGCCACUCUUCCCUCAGCUCCCCUGUGGUACCCUGUGGACAGGACCCUAGGGCAGUGGGGGCCGAGGAGCUCCACCACCAGUCCACAAAGCACCUGUUCCCUAAAGUGCUGAGCAACUUGCCAGAAAAAUCUCACUAAACAAAAAAGAAAAACUCACUAGGUCUGUAUUUCCUGUUUUCUGAAAGUUGAAAUAAGCCCAAAGCUUACAUCCAGACUUGGUGGGCAGGUAAGGCGGGAACUGGGUCCCCAUUUCCUCCGAGGUCCCCAUCAUGUGAAGCAGGACAAGGGAGAAAAACAAAAACAAACUUGUCCCCCUACUUUUAGAUAUCAAGUUAAACAAAAAUAGACAUAUAGGGGCUGUCUCCAUUUGCCCUCCCCUUUGAGAUGUUAAGAAACUUCAAGGUUCCUUAAAAGAGUAGAAAUGAUACUGAAUGGUAUGAGCUGAUAUCAGAUCUAGGGCCAACCAUGAGUGAAGGGCAGUUAACAGGCAAUCAAUAAGAGACUCAACAGGGCUAGGAAGGUGGCUCAGUGGUAGAGUGUUUGCCUUGCAUGCAUAAGGCCCUGAUUCCUCAGCACC